AUGAAACUCAAGAUUCGCCAAGAUGCUGUGAACAAGCAUACCGACAUUGUGACUUGUGUUGGAUGGACUUCCAAUAAUGAACUCUACUCUGUUAGUGACGAUAGAAAAAUUAUGAAAUGGUCUGGGGAUGGCGACUCGCUUGGUAUCCUAACCACAUUUGAGCCUGCUCAAGAGGACACACUGCCUCCUGCAUAUAUCACUGAUAUGCACUGGUUUCCAAUUGCUCCUAAAAAAGGCCAGAGCAGCUCGGAUAUUUAUGUUGUUGGUGCAACAGAUGGCAAAUUUUAUAUCUGCACACGAGCUGGAAAGAUUGAAAAGGCGUCGGACGCACACAAGGGAGCUUUACUAUCUCUAAGAUGGAACUAUGAAGGAACUGCAAUUGCCACGGCUGGAGAGGAUGGAUAUUUGAAAAUCUGGUCAAGAAGCGGUAUGCUUCGUUCAUCAUUGACUCAAACUGGAUACCCUAUUUACUGCGUGGCAUGGGCACCCAACAAUGAUCAGAUCCUACUUACAAAUGGGCGGAAUUUAAUCAUCAAAUCUCUUCAGCCAGCAAGCAAGCCAACACAAUGGAAAGCACAUGAAGGGCUCAUUACAAAAGUUGAUUGGAAUUUGGUCAAUAAUUUGAUUAUUUCUGCAAGUGAAGAUCGCAAGUAUAAAUUAUGGGAUACUUUUGGAAGACUACUAUUUGCUAGCACUCCUUACAGCCAUCCGAUUACAGCAAUAUCUUGGAACCCAUCUGGUGAAAUGUUUGCUGUUGGAUCUUUCAAUAUGCUUCGCGUUUGCGAUAAACAAGGUUGGUCCUAUGCAAUGGAAAAGCCAAAAAGUGGAUCUAUUUUCGAUAUCACAUGGACACCAGAUGGUUCACAAUUUGCAUGUGCUGGUGGAUCUGGAUCAGUGAUUUUUGGCCAUUUGAUUAACAGACGACACGAAUGGAAAAACUAUGAAGUUACUAUUAUGGAUGAAAACAAGAUUCUUGUGCAUGAUGUUGUUCAGGGAUCCAAAGAACAUCUUGAGCUUCGAAGUCGAGUAAUUAGCUCAUCGCUUAAUUUUGGACACCUUGUUGUUGCAACAUCAUCACAAUGCUAUGUGUACAGUCAAAAAAACUGGAACACGCCAGUUAUUAUUGAUUUGUCUAAUAACGGCAGAGUAAUCUGUAUUCAGCAGAGCAACGAAUACUUUGUUCUUGUAGACAAUUUUGUUGGAAUUCAAAUUUUCUCAUAUGAAGCCCGACUUAUCAGUCAGCCAAAAUAUCCAGGCUUUCGACCAGAAUUUAUUACUCCACGUAGCAUUUCUUUGAGUGGUGACACUCUUGCAGUCAAAGAUCAUUCAGAUGAAAAAGUAUCCGGACGACAAAUUGGUGAUGCUCCCUUGAAGCAUUCACAAGAAGUUUUAGAGAUUGCACUUAAUCAGCUUGUAUCUCCUGCUGGAAGACAAAUGGUUGUGCUUGACAAAAAUCGUGAUCUAUUCAUUACUAGAACGCUAAAGCCGCUGUUUAAAAAGCUUGGAAGCAUGGUAGAGACGUUUAGUUGGAAUGCAGAAACAGACAUGCUAUUUGCGAUCAUGGAUGGAAAAGCCACACAGUGGUACUAUCCUAACGUGGUAUUUGUAGAUGAGGAUAUUGCUUUGCUCACUCGAGUUGAGCGAGUUUUAAACAAUCUUGGCAAAAACUCGCAAUGCAUAUCGUUUGUUGGAACACAAUGUUUGAUUCGACGCGCAGACGGAGCCAUUGUUGCAAUGCCCAAUAUAUCACCUUUACCUGGGAUGCUGCAAGAGUUUGCUCAUAAAAAACAAUGGGAGGAAGCCAUUCGACUAUGUCGUCAUGUCAAAAUAAAGGAAAUGUGGGCAUGUCUUGCUGCCAUGUCACUGUUUGGACAAGAUUUGAACACUGCCGAAGUAUCCUAUGCAGCCAUUGAAGAGGUUCAUAAAGUGCAAUAUGUCACCUAUAUUAAGGACAUUCCGUCACCAGAGGGCCGAGCAGCCGAACUUGCUUUGAUGCGUCAUCAACCUAGAGAAGCAGAAACCAUUCUUAUUUCUGCCAAUCUCGUGUAUAGAGCCAUUCGAAUGUGGAUAAAUUUAUUUAAUUGGGAUAGAGCACUGGAGUUGGCGUUAAAGUAUAAGACGCAUGUAGACACUGUUCUUUAUUUUCGAGAAAAGUACCUGAAAGCAUUAGGUCGCUCCGAAAAUAACAAGCGAAUUUUGCAGUAUGCUCAAAAUGUCACUGUUGACUGGGAAAACAUCAAAGUUAAAAUUGCAAUGGAGGAAACCAACGAACGAACCAAGCGACCAACUUUGGCACGCUAAAGAAAUAUUCAUUUACUAGAAGGCUUACAUUUAAUUCAAGUUAUGAAAUAAAAUUAUUUUUUAAACAUC